UUGAUCGAGAAAGAAAGCUACAUUUUUAGUGGUUAUUAUUACUACUACUCAUUUACUCCUUCUAAUACUUCUAUGUAUAUAUCCGACCUCACAGGUCAAAACCCAUAUCACACACUUCAAACUCCAGACUCUUUCUUCUUCUUCUUCUCCUUCUUUAUCUCUCUUCACCCUCAAAAAACCCCAUUAUUUCUCUCAAAUAAUGGAUGGCCGAGAAGAAUGUAACAGCAAUGAAUCCGGUUGGACCAAGUAUAUUGAUCCAAGUGAUAAUGAAAACUACAACAGUAGUAUUGAUGAUGAUGAUGAUGAUGGUGAUGUUCGUCAUAAUAACCAUCAUCAUCAUCAUCAUCAAAAUUAUGCUUAUAAAAAGAGCAAGGAUGUUGACGGUGAUGAUGAUGAUGAUUCCUUCGCAUCCGAUGCGUCUUCAGGUCCAGGUCAUUACCAUGAUGUAGAGGCUGAAAACCAACAACAUCGUUACCAUGGUAGCAAGUCAUCAUUGGCAUCAUCAGGGAUGAAAUUUAGCAAAGAAGUCAAGGAUAGAAAUGAAAGGAAUACUCCUAAUUAUGGUACUAGCAAAGGGAAAGAGACUGUUUUGAAGACAAAUAAAUCAAGUAAACAAAGGAAAGGUAAAAAAUAGAUUAAGUUACUCCUAUUAUAUAAUUUACUUCCUGCGUUUUAUUUUCCUUUCAUUAUUUUGACUUUUACACUAUUCCAAGUAUCUUUGACCAAAGUAAAUUUUUUGAAAAAGUUAUAUUUUAAAACUAUACAUUAAGAUGAAUAUAACAUCUUAAUUUUUAAUUUUUAUAUAUUAGUUUAAUAUUAUUGGUCAAAGCUACUCAUCAUUAAAAUAGCGCAAAAGUUAAAAUGAUGCAAGUAAAAUAGUAUGUGAGGAAGUGUUAGAUUAGGUAGGCGGAGUUGGUAAAAAUGAGUUAACAAUAUAAGACCAAUGAUGUAGUAAUCAGAAUCUCUUUUGUAAGUUAAAAGUAUUUAUGGAAAUAUUUUUUUUCUGCCUUCUAAUUUGUUUAACAGCAAGAAUUUCGCCUGCAUUCACUGAAGUGUGAUUUUCUGUUUCUAUACAAGGGUGUUAUUCCAUAUGUAAUGUGUAUUUAAAGUUUCAUGAAGACGUAAACUACUUUAUAGAAGUAGUUUACUCCUAUAUUGAA